AGAUGACUUACAAUUCAGAAUUAACAUUUCGUUUGGUAGAUUUACCAAAUGUACGUGGUAAACUUAAUACCGUUGAAAUUAAAAACAAUAAAGUGAUGAAAGUGAAAGAUCGAAACUUUAAAGGGGAAGAAUUUGAUCACAACUGA